AUGAAGAGACUACAAAAGUGUUGUUGUUUGGCCUCCACACGAAAUGGCACCAUUAUAACAGCUGUAUUGGGUAUUAUAUUGUCCAUAAUCACUAUAAUAACAGUUUGGGUGAUAGACAGACACUAUGUAUCCUUCAGGACUUUUAUCUUCGCGGAAGAUUUUGAUAAGAAACUCUCUGACAUGGAAAUUCCGAGGAUAAUACUGACGGUCAACUUAUGUUUUACAAUAUUAAUAUGUUUCCUCCUCAUUAUUGCCGUUUUAAAGAAACGGUCGUGGUUGAUGCUGCCGUGGGUGGUGCUUGGAAUCGUCCUGGCAAUUGGAUUAUUAAUAAGCGUCUUGCACACUUCAAUCACAUAUUACCUGGAUGACAAAAUUAAAGAUCACAAUAUUCUAGCCACUUGCAUCCUCAUCGGCGGAUUAAUUUAUUUAUGCAUAUACAUCUACUUGUGGCUAGUCGUAUUUAGUCAUUACUUGGACGUGCGCGAUGAAGAACAACGGGGCCGGUAUCGAAAGGCGCCCUACAAGCGA